UUGUGGCCGAGUUUAAAGCCAUGCCCCGCAGGCCAAAACAGACGACUCUUCUUUUACCAAAGAGGCCUUGUACUUGCCUGGCCAUGCCCUGCCUCUCCCUCAGAGAAUGUAAAUCAGGAAGGAAUAUUGGUUAUGGGUGUGAGAAUUACUCAGGGCUUAGGCAGGAGCAUGGGCACUCCCAUAAGGGAGUGCUCGAGUAUCAAAAAAGCUAGAAGAUAAAGAAUCUCGUUGCCAAAAGAUGAACCACUCUUUAUCUUUAAUUUGGAACAGGGGCAGGAAUGCACUGGGUGGCCACCCCGGCCUAGACCUGGAGGGAAUUAAUUUAAAAGAGAAAUUCCGGCACCACCUUAAAAGGAGAUGGCUAAAGAAUCCAUCUUCUCACUCAGCUCUUUCAUUUCUCCUCUCACUUCAAUUCGCGCAAACAAGCUAGCUUCAGUCAUGUUACUGAACUGGCUGCUAUUGCUCUCCUUCUUCCACUUGGCCAGAGCUGCGUCCUUCAUCUACGUCGGCUGCUCGCCGUCGAAGUACGACGCCAACUCCCCGUUCCAGGCAAACCUCAACUCGCUCCUCAAUUCGAUAGUCUCUGGCGCCGCGCAGUCCUCCUACAACAGCUUCAAGUCAGGCGACAACGCCGGCAGCAGCGCGUCCUCCGCCUCGGGUCUGUACCAAUGCCGGAACGACCUGAGCGCCGACGACUGCUCGGCGUGCGUGCAGAGCGCGGUGGGGCAGCUCAACCUGGUGUGCGCCGACUCCUACGCGGCCUCUCUGCAGCUGGACGGCUGCUUCGUGAGGUACAGCAACGAGGACUUCCUGGGGAAGCCGGACACCACCAUGGUGUACCGCAAGUGCAGCGCCAGCUCUAGCAACGACGGGGAGUUCUUCCGGCGGAGGGACGACGUGCUGGCGGACCUGCAGAACGGGGUGAGCUACCGGGUGAGCAGCUCCGGCACGGUGCAGGGCUACGUCCAGUGCCUGGGCGACAUCAACGCCGCCGACUGCUCCGCCUGCCUUCAGCAGGCGGUAGGGCAGCUCAAGAACGCCUGCGGGUCGGCGCUUGCGGCCGACGUCUAUUUAGCGCAGUGCUACGCUAGGUACUGGGCUUCCGGCCAUUACUUCCGGUCAUCGGCAGAUUACUCAGAAGAUGAUAUUGGAAAGACGGUGGCAAUAAUUGUGGGCAUCUUGGCGGGUCUGGCCCUCAUUGUGGUCUUCCUCUCCUUUCUCAGAAGGACAUGCUAGCCACUAUCUGACGCUUCUCCACUGAGAGUUUAUAUAUGCUCAUAAAUAUUCCUUGCCGGGAGGGGAGCCACCCUUUUUCUGCUGCAGAUACGGCCCAGUGGAUGAGUAGUGCAGCAGCUGACAAAACGGACGAGGGGAAAGGAAAGAGUGCUUCAAACUAUUUGCUUGUCUCAUAUGUUUGGAGAAUUUGUCGCAAAGUGAUGUUCAGAGUGAACGAUACCACAACUCGUCUAAGUCAUCAACACAGGAAAAAGAAAAAAGAUGUAGCAUGUGAAAUCAGAAACAAUGAGUAUUGUACGACUCACAGGAUCGGAUGCAUGCCUUUUUUCACUUCGCCUCAUUAUAAUUUCUCAUGCGACUUGUAUCUCACCUUUAGUUGUGAUUGUUGCGACAUUAGUUUCUCUUGGGGUGUCCUAUAGAUAUGCUUAUUAUAUGUUUAUCUCUA